GUGAGAGAGAGAGAGAGUAUAAAAGGUAUCUUGGUUGUUUGAGACUAUCUCAGUUGCUGUUUGGAUGGGAUUUGGUCACGGAGAAGAGGAGGGGUCAUGAGGAAGUCCUUUAAAGAUUCUCUCAAAGCGCUAGAAGCUGAUAUUCAACACGCCAAUACCCUGGCUUCUGAUUAUCCAAGAGAAUAUGAUGGUGCUUGCCUUCAGAUGAGAUUGUCCUACAGUCCUUGUGCCCACAUGUUCCUCUUUCUAGUUCAGUGGACUGAUUGUCACCUUGCGGGCGCCCUUGGAUUCCUUAAAGUCCUAAUUUAUAAGGCAUAUGAGGAUGGUAAAACUACGAUGUCCAUUCAUGAAAGAAAAGCCAGCUUAAGAGAGUUUUAUGGCGUCAUAUUUCCCUCUUUGUUGCAACUUGAGAGAGGAAUUACUGAUGUUGAAGAUAGGAAACAGAGAGAAAUAUGUGCAACCAAAUACCAAAAAAGAUAUGAUGUGGACAAGGGCAAGUUAUCUGAAAUUGAUAUAGAGAGAGAGGAAGAAUGUGGUAUAUGCAUGGAGAUGAAUAGCAAGGUUGUCUUGCCUGACUGCAAUCAUUCUUUGUGUAUGAAGUGCUAUAGAAAUUGGCAUGCUCGGUCUCAAUCAUGCCCUUUCUGUCGGAAUAGCCUCAAAAGAGUGAAUUCCGGUGAUCUUUGGAUCUACACUUGCAAUUGUGAUGUUAUGGACACCGCUGCAAUUGCCAAAGAGAAUUUGAAGAGACUAUUCAUGUACAUUGAGAAGCUGCCUCCUAUAUUACCGGAUCCAAUGUUGGUUACUUUUGAUCCUCGUUCUUGAUGAAAGGUGCAUUCUACUAUAAUUGGUACAUAAUACCUGGCUUAUUGUAUAUAAUUUCAGUGUGUCUUUUGUUAGACAAAUAUUGAAAACUGUAAAUAUGUGUUGAUCAUUGUCAGCAAGCAGGCUUAGCAUAGUAGCCG